ACGCUAUUCUCGAGUAUACCCGCGUUGAGUGAACAACGUUGGCGGAAUCAACGGAUUAAGCUAACCUUAGAUUAAUCGUCGGUUUUGUUCAUUACAUAUACACGUACUAACAAGUACACUCACUACAUAGUUUGGUAUGUGGUUCGUAUAAACUGCCAAUUUCGUGACAUUCCGUUGUGAGUAAAUCCACUGAGUUGUAAAUUUUCGAACAUUCAAUUGAAAUGAAAGUGGAGUUUUGAAUUUUGAAUUCAAUUUACAUACUUUUACCGAACGUGCUAUUACCAACUAAAAAACCUUUGGACGAUUGUGCUGAAUCCACAUUUUGUAAAGGCUGAAAACGGCGAAUGUAUACGUAUUCCAUAAUUCCAGCUGCAUAUACUAUUAGGGAGCAGUUUCUGCACUUUUGCCCAUAAUAAUAUUUGAGAAAAGAGGAAAUUCUUGAACGACGCCAUAUUUAGUUUGCCACAACAAUAAGAAACAAGACAUCACACCUUACCAUAUAACCGCAACCUAUAUACAUAUGUACAUAAAUAUAGUACAUAUCUCAAUUGGAAAAAUUUGGGGGCAAGUUGCUUUGAAACCGAUCACGAAGGUUCUAUAGUCCAUAAACUGCCAUAGUUAAAAUACCUGAGCUACGAACAAAUGAACGAACACAUCAGCGAACAUUUUAACUAAGGUCUUCAACUGUCAAACACAAAAAUUAAGAACAUCAAGUGAUAAUACUCAAAUGUAUACAUACAUAUGUAUGUAUGUGGAUGCAUAUAAUUUGAAAAGUGCAAAACUAAGUUUCGAAAUCCACCCGAAAUGCUAGAGUCGAGUGUCCGAAAUGUUAUGAGUUGGCCAAGUUCUUACGUAUGAGUGCGAAAAUUAACAGUUUCACAAGACAAAAGUGAAUAUGUGUGCACUCAGCCACGUGUAUGUGCUUUUGUGUUUGUGUGUGUCAAUCUGAAUAAUAAUAAAGAAAUAAUCUCAUGAAUGCUCGUCGCAGUGGUGGGGAGUUUUGGAGAAGUCCUAUAUAAUUGUGCUUAUAGAAAAAAGAAACAAAGUAAUGAAAAAUGUAAAAAAGUAAAAAACGAAUAAAGGUAAAAGAUGAAAUGAAAUAGCUGACUUCAAGAACCACUUAGAAACACGUCAAAACCAGAAAAUCAACUUUGCUAACGUUAUAACUUGACAAACUUAAGUAUACUGAAUUCACCUUGUCUACACAUGUUUCCACGAUUGUGUUUGUGUGUAUAAAUUUUGCUGACACUAAUCUGUCUACCUUACAUGCGUUAGCAUAAGAGCUUUCUUUGUACCAGCGUAUUGGUAGGUUUAGUCAAGUGUCACCAAAACUGAGUUUGAAAGUGGAUUUCACGAUUUUACAAUAGAAUAGGUAUUUAGAGUUUAUUAUUGAGCACGUAAAUAUGGGUGAUUCUACGCCAAUUUGUCGCUGCCGAGUGCUCUAUUUGGGUAGUGCAGUACCACGUCAGAGUAAAGACGGCUUGCAAGGGAUCCAAGAGCCGUUGAGGAGCCUCUAUCCCUCGGAGGGUGCUGUCGGCGCCAAAGGCAUUGAUUCGUGGUUAAGCGUUUGGUCGAAUGGAAUUUUACUGGAGAACGUCGAUGAAAAUUUGAAACAAAUCACACGAUUCUUUCCCAUUGAGUCGUUGCAUUAUUGUGCAGCUGUGCGUCAAGUUUUAAUACCGGAACGUGGAAACUCCAAGCCAGAGCCAAAAUUUCUGCCACUAGACUCACCAUUCGCACGAAUGCCCCGCGCUCAACAUCCGCCGAUAUUCGCUGCAAUACUUCGACGAACCACUGGCAUUAAAGUGCUCGAGUGUCACGUGUUCAUUUGUAAACGUGAAGCUGCCGCAAAUGCUCUAGUCAGAUGUUGUUUUCACGCAUAUGCGGAUAAUUCUUAUGCUCGACAAUUGGAGACUGGUAGUUCUGGUGGUGGCGCUGGCGCCAGUGUUUACGGCACAUUAAAGAGUGCAGUUGGUAGUAAAUCGAAUGGAGAUUUAAGCGGUGUUGGACUUCCGAAUAGCAAUCAUCACCAUCAUAUGGGCGUGCCAACGAGCCAAGCUGGCUGGCGCUCUCGCUCCGGCAGUACAACUACCUUGAACAGUGUUGGGCGGCAAUCCAAUGGUCAUGCUUUUAACGGAACGAGUGGUAUCAGUCUGAAUGGUGGCGGGAGUAAUGGUAGUGCUGCAGAAGGAUAUACAUCCGUAAAAAAUUUUUAUGGAAGCAGUGCUGAUUUAAACGUGACUGUUGAUGAUGGCGAGAAUUCGAUAUAUAAUGGAGAUGAGAAUCACAAAGUCUGGAACGGUUCUCAAGAUCAACUUGACGCCAUUGCAAUGGAGAGUCCAUAUGAAGUCUUCUCGGGCAACACUUCUACUCUGGGACGUCCUGUGAGAGCUCGUCAAAUUAGCACACCUAUUGAUGUUCCGCCGCCACCCGAAAGAGAGGAAGUUAACAAAAAACGUAAGGAAAAAAAAAAUUCCAAAACACCUGGCACUCAGAGUCUUUCGGGAACUCUUAUACGUCCAAAGCCGAUUCAUCCUAGCACCUUACAGAAACCUGGAGUUUAUGGAGGCGCUUCAGGAAGUGUGAUUUAUGGCCCACUCGUUGGUCCAGUAGGUUUUCCACCACCACAUGGCUCACGAAAUUAUCACACAAUCAGUCAUCGAGGUUUUCAUGGUGGCCCAUCGGGGUCACAACCGCAUUUUCAUCACCCUAGCAUGCCAUCACAACCUCCACCACAAAUGAUGCAUCCACCGCAAAUGGGUAUCCCAAUGCAAAUGCCCGUUAUGAUGUCACAACAAUAUGCCACACUUCAAUCCUCACGAUCUACAAAGAAAAAUAAGAAAGAUAAAAAGAACAGUGGCAUACCAGUUGGACUGCCCAUGGUACCACCGAUUUAUGCGUAUCAUCAAGGUAUGGGCCCUCCACCACCACCUCAACCAGCUAUUGCGCAAUCAUUGAUCGGUGAGCCAAGACCACUAGCUAUGUCCAAUCGAAAGCUAGCAGUAUCUAUGGGAAAUGGACUAGAUGAUGGACUAAACUCUGGUGCAGAAUCGCCUGGUGGUACUGGCAUUUAUCGGAGAAAAGGUCACUUAAAUGAAAGAGCGUUCAGUUAUUCUAUAAGACAGGAACAUCGAAGCCGUAGUCAUGGUUCGUUGGCUAGUCUACAAUUUAAUCCACCUGACAUGAAGAAGGAACGAGAAAUUGCACAAAUGGUUGCCGGGCUCGACUUAAAUGAUGGACCCGAAAGGGAAAUGUCGUCCAUGACACUGCAGCGGAAACAUAUGAUUGCCACAAAUGACGUAGGAUCCGGCAUCCAAACGCAACAAUCGAUUUAUGGGAAUGGGGGUACAAAUGCCUUGUAUGGCAACAGCAUGGGUCCAGCGGGUAACUUUGGCAAACCACGAAGAUAAGUCAGCACGGCUGACUACUCGGUAGACCAUGGCGCAGGCAAUGAAUAUAUGUAUUUAUUAUGGUUAAAUAAGGCAUAUAAACAUGUAAUUAUAAAAACAUAUACAUAUAUAUUCAAGUACUUAUACAUAUGUCUGUAUUAUAUAAGACAUAGUUUCUGCAAACACCCUAGGGUCAGAAUUAUAAAAAUGUAUGGAGAAUAUAUAUUAAAUGAGGAGUUUAAUCAGUCGAUGUACCGCGAUGAAAAAAUCCAUAAAUUAAAUUAACGGAUAGAGAUUUAGAGAUGUUGUCAAAGCAGACAAGUACAUACAUAUGUAUCUACCAAUGCUGACACAUAAUUAUAUAAUAUUAUAUGAAUGCGUAUAUAUGUACAUUCAAACAACUGUAUACAAUCGAAAUAAUAAAAAGGUAAAACCAAAGAAGUACUGGGAAGAGAACUAAAGAACUCUUUUCCACUUGUCUGAAGAAAGCUACAUAAUUCGCAGUUAUUAGAUAUAAAAAUUAAAAAGAAGAAACUUAAACAAAUUCCUAUGUUAAAUUAAAAUUCUUCAAGUAAUAAAAUCACACACCACGCCCAAACUUCAGAAGCAUCCGCUUCAACAAUUCAGUAAUCAUCGAAGCAUUGUGCAUGACUGACUAUGUAGUACUGAAGGAAGGAAUAUUUUGGAAACAAUCACACGAACAUACAAUCAUUUGUAUGCAAGUAAGCUUGGAUUUUGCUAUUAAAAAUUAUUAAAUCCCAUUUUCAAGAAUGUUAAUUUACUAUGGGAAUACUAUAUGGCUUUGUAAAUAUUUACAUGUAAUUAUGUAUGUACAUUCUAUUUAUGGACAAAUUAUGUAUCUAAUGGUUUAGCAAAUAAUUUUAAUGUAUAAGAAAAUUUAUAUUUACAUAUACAUACAUAUAUUUGUAUGAUCCCAAACUUCUCUAACAUUUUGUGCAGUCGUUUAUCUUUGUUGAAGUGUGAUUCAUAGAAGAUGAGAAAAAUUCAAAGAUAACCCAACUUAAGACACCAUGUACCGUACGAGGAAACAUGUGUACUACAAAAUAUAUCAUGACUAUUAACUUUCUGAAAGCUUUUCAAAGCAAAUAAGUAGAAUUAGAUAAAAUUACGAUGCUGGUCAAUAGAAUUGCUCAAUAUAAUUUCGACGGAUGUGAAUGAUUAUACAUAUACAUAAGUAUGUAUUGCAUAAAUAUUUAUUUGUUAUGUACAUAUGAAUAAGAAAAAUGAUUUUUCCUUUCGUCUCUAUACAAUGAAAAUUGUGUGCCUUAUUAGGUUUAUAUAAUAUAUACUGUUAUAUGCAUACAUAUUUACUUUAAUGUAUAAUGUAAUAUGCAAAAAUUUUUUUAAUUUGGAAUUUCCAUAGAAAGUUAAUAUAAGUUUAUAUGUACGUUAAGGAAAUCGCCAAAAAAUUUAAACAAAAACUGUAAAAAUCAUUAACUCGAAUACAAAUAAAAUAUGAACGUAGUAGUACAUAAA